AUGAUAGCCACACUGCCGCCAGGCGACGCGCGAACGGUCGUCAAAGGGCGCCGCACAGCUAGGGUGUUUCCGCCACGCUGCCGGAAAGCAGCCCCGCGGCGCACGCGCGCCCUCUGCCGGCGAGCUGAGCACAGCACACCUCCCGCGCCUGCGCCGGGCGGUGGAGGGGGCGGUGCAGGUGCUGGGGUCCGCGCGCCGCUUGGCCACACACACACUCACACAGUCACAUGCUCCCUGGCUCUCACACCUGCGGCCACACACUCACACACACACAGUCACAUACACUCACACAGCCACACACACACACUUACACUCACACACUCACACAGUGACACACACACUCACACAGUCACAUACACAUUCACACACACUCACACAGUCACACACACACACAGUCACACACUCACACACACUCACACAGUCACAUGCUCCCUGCUCUCCACCCACGCGCACACCAGCGGGCGGCCCCUGGAGGUCCUCAUUACUCAUUCCCGGGAGCCCCUCACACACACACACACACACACACACUCACACACACUCACACACUCACGUGGCGGCCCCUGGAGGUCCUCAUUACUCAUUCCCGGGAGCCCCUCACACACACUCACACACACACACACAGUCACACACACUCACACUCACGUGGCAGCCCCUGGAGGUCCUCAUUACUCAUUCCCGGGAGCCCCUCACACACACACUCACACAGUCACACACACACACUCACACACACACACACAGUCACACACUCACACAGUCACACACUCACGUGGCGGCCCCUGGAGGUCCUCAUUACUCAUUCCCGGGAGCCCCUCACACACACACAGUCACACACACACACACUCACACAGUCACACACACAGUCACACACACACACACUCACAUAGUCACACACACAAUCACACACACAGUCACACAGUCACACACUCACGUGGCGGCCCCUGGAGGUCCUCAUUACUCAUUCCCGGAAGCCCCUCACACACACUCACACACACACACACAGUCACACACACUCACACACACACACACACUCACGUGGCGGCCCCUGGAGGUCCUCAUUACUCAUUCCCGGAAGCCCCUCACACACACUCACACAGUCACACACACACACUCACACACAGUCACACACACACACACACUCACGUGGCGGCCCCUGGAGGUCCUCAUUACUCAUUCCCGGGAGCCCCUCACACACACACACACAGUCACACACACACUCACAGUCACACACACAGUCACACACUCACUCACACAGUCACACACUCACGUGGCGGCCCCUGGAGGUCCUCAUUACUCAUUCCCGGGAGCCCCUCACACACACACACACAGUCACACACAGUCACACACACACUCACACACAGUCACACACACACACACUCACGUGGCAGCCCCUGGAGGUCCUCAUUACUCAUUCCCGGGACCCUGCUGAGUGAGGAGCACCGCGGGCUGGCGGCGUGGACCCCGACCAUCGCUGUGCCCUGGGACCCGGCGCCGGCCCCCGUGGACCCCGACCAUCGCUGCCGGCCCCUGUGGACCCCGACCAUCGCUGUGCCCUGGGACCCGGUGCCGGCCCCCGUGGACCCCGGCCAUCGCUGCCGGCCCCUGUGGACCCCGACCAUCGCUGUGCCCUGGGCCCCCAUGUGUCCUGGGUUUUGCCACCUCUGA